AUGCUCUCGUCAAUAACUCGCGCAGUAUCGCUCGACCGUCUUUCCGGGGAGAUAAGAAUGUUUGGUAAAUUAUCCAAAAAUCCGUCAAACAAUAACUUAGACAUGGACUACUUAAAUUUAGGAUUCCUCGCACUGGAAUUACGCGAGACAGUAUCAAAAACUUUAUCUUCAAUAAAAAACGAAUUGAAGCAAAGCCUGAGCGAGAAAAGCGCCGUAGAAAAUAAAAAUAACAACAAAAAUGUAAGCAACAAGUCAGAAAGCAACUUGAAGACAAUAACUCUGGAGGAGCUAUCCUGGCACGACACAAUCGACGAUUGCUGGAUCGCUAUUUACGAUUACGUCUACGACUGCACCGAGUUCAUGAUAAAACACCCCGGGGGCGGCGACGUCCUCUGCGAAUACGCGGGCAGGGAUGGAACCAUCGCGUUUAUCAGCACGGGACACUCCGAGUCAGCGGUUAAUUUAUUGGACAAAUUUUGA